CGCGAUAAAUGCCCAUUGUCUCGCGCGAGCGUGCUCAGUGGACUGGCUCUCGGACUGCUGGGGCUGGCGAAGAGGAGUUGCAUGUGUCGCUUCAUUUGGCGGGAGCGGAGGCGGCGGGGGUUGUGCGGCCGGCUGGGUUUGUGAAAUGGCUACUGACAUUUCUGAAUCCAGUGGGGCUGAUUGCAGAGGAGAUACGAGGAUCAGUGCCAAGUUAGAUGCUGAUUACCCACUUCGGGUCCUGUAUUGUGGAGUCUGUUCAUUACCAACAGAGUACUGUGAAUAUAUGCCUGAUGUUGCUAAAUGUAGACAAUGGUUAGAGAAGAAUUUUCCAAAUGAGUUCGCAAAACUCACUGUAGAAAAUUCACCCAAACAAGAAGCUGGAAUUAGUGAAGGUCAGGGAACAGUAGGGGAAGAAGAGGAGAAGAAAAAACAAAAAAGAGGUGGAAGAGGUCAAAUAAAACAGAAAAAGAAGACCGUACCACAAAAGGUUACUAUAGCCAAAAUCCCCAGAGCAAAGAAGAAAUAUGUGACCAGAGUGUGUGGUCUUGGCACUUUUGAAAUUGAUCUUAAAGAAGCACAAAGAUUUUUUGCUCAAAAAUUCUCCUGCGGUGCCUCAGUAACAGGAGAGGAUGAAAUCAUCAUUCAGGGAGACUUCACAGAUGACAUAAUUGAUGUCAUUCAGGAAAAAUGGCCAGAGGUGGAUGAUGACAGCAUUGAAGAUCUUGGAGAAGUAAAGAAGUGAUUUUGAAAACUUGUCUGUAUUUAUGAUCUGAACUGAGUUGAUAUGGCCAAAGGAGGAGAGGCCUUUUAGAAAUAUAUAUAUGUACAUAUAUGUAUUUAUCAUACAGUGACGCUGUAGGCCACUCUCAUCCUUGGCAUUCUCACUGUUCUAUAAAAGGCUGCUUGGUUUUUGUUUUUUUUUUUAAUUGCCAAAGUCUGAUAAAUAAGAGACCAUCAUGCUUAUGCAUGAAUCUGAAUUUAGUUAAAUAAAAAUUUUUGGUCAUUUGG